GCGGAAGAAGUGGAUUUAAUAGAAAGUCUUUGGGAUUCCUCUCAACUCAAACCUUUGGUUAAUCGUUAUACAGAAAUUAUUAAGAACCACGUAGAUGAUUACUCAUUUAAUGUGGACUUCAAAGCUCUUCUAACGGAUUUAAUGAAACAAAAACGUGAAAAUUAUAAUCACCCAGAAGAUUAUGAAACUUUUUGGUAUCAUAACUUUUAUAUACAGAUAAUUUUACAAAUGAUACGAAAGUAUAGCUCUAUAUAUGAUAAUACUAUAAGUAAAUAUCAAUAUCGUGAGGAAAUUGUAAAUAUUCUGUUAGCAUCUAUUUUUCAUGAUAUUGAAACUGCUAUUUGGAUUCAGACGGGUGAAAUAGAAAAUGACACAAGGAAAAGACAAAUAAAUUUUUCCAAAAAAGAAGGUGACAGAGAAAGACUGGGAGAUAAACAAGAUGAAAUCUUUUAUUACAAUUUGAAUAGCAUUAAAGUUAGCGUUGGUUAUAUGGAAGUUGUGGGCAAUGCGUUUGCUUCCAAUAUGUUGGAUAAAAAUAGCGAUUUAGAAAAAUUAUUGAAAGCUAUGAUGAUUUCAUUAUGGUAUCAAGACGCACAUCAACAGAUCAACGUACCCAAGAAAUUGCAAUCAUUCGCAAUUCUCGUUUUCGGACGGGAGUUUCAUUUCUUGUGUAUGCGUCUAAUCAACAAUGUGUAUAUGGUUGAUGAAUACAAUAUAUUUGUUUUGCCGGAUUCUGGAUCAUGUUUCUUACAGAUAGAAAAGAUUGUUGAAAUCGUCAAAAAAUUUAAAAUGCGUAUUAAGAGGUAUUAUCACGAACUUACCAAAAGACCGCAGAUUACUAAAGCCCGGAUUACCUUUGGCCAUAUUGAAGACCGAACAAGAGGCAAAAAUAUUGUACGUCAUGCUAAUGCACGUGUUAUAUCAUCCAUCGGUAAAAUCAAAAUUCAAUUACUACAAUUAUUUGGCGAUGCUCUCAACGUUCCUGAAUGUCAAGAUGUCCAUGUAACCACAAUGCA